AUGUCGUACCUGGCGAAGCACAUCGCGGCGCUCGACGAGCGCCUCGCGGAUUACCGCGAACAGUGCGGCGCGCUCGCGCUGGAUCAUCAGUCGUGGCUGGAGGAGACGGUCGUCACCAACAAGAAGCGGCUGGCGUACCAGACGACGCCGAGCCUCGAGUGCCCGCGCUCGCACCGCCGCCCCGCGCCGCGCGGGCGCCGCCGCCCGCUGGCUGCCGUCAAGGAGGGGGCGGAGGACAAGGAGAAUGUCGUCGCCUCGGACACCGGCAAGGGCUCCAAGCGAGCGCUCGGCAUGCGCAGCGCCAACUCGGCGCCAGCCGGCGACGAGAACGUCGGCUCCAAGCGCAAGUCGGAGAGCUCGAUCGAUGAGUGCGACAGCAAGCGCGCGCGGGAGGACGAGGAGGAGGUCAAGCAGGCCACCACCGAGACGAGCCGCGACCAGCUCGCAGAGAUCUGCGCCGCCUCGGCCGCCCUCAAGAAGGUGGAGGAGGAGGCGCGGGCGACGUUCGCCAAGCUGACGGUGCCUAGUCUCCGGAGCGAGUGCACGCGCCUCGGCCUCCCCACCGACGGCCUCAAGCCGGCCCUCGUCGCGCGGCUGGUCGGGCAUCAAGCGGCCUCCAAGGGCGAGGGCGAGGGCGAGGGCGAGGGCGAGGCCGCUGCUGGGUCGGGCGACGCGGCGGCUGGCGACGCGGCGGCUGGCGACGCGGCGGCUGGCGAAGAGGGUCCGCGCGAGGGUGGCGCGGAGGCGGCGGGCAAGGAGGAGGAGGAGGAGGAGGGGCCGGACGCUGCCCUCGAGCGGCUGGUCAAGCUGCGGGUCCUCCUUGAGCGGCUGCAGCAACACCACGAGGCGCGCAAGGCGGGCGGCGCGGGCAAGCUCAACCCGGCGGCCUUCUUCGGCGCUGCCCUCGACGCCGAGUCGACCGCUCUCUUCGAGAACGUGGGCAGCUUCGAAGAGGCCGAGGCGCGCGCGGCGGACGAGGCGGACUCGAUGCAAGUGGACGGCUCGGCCUCCGGCGACGAGCCUCCGGAGGGCGGGCUGCAGCGGAUGAUGGAGUGGGCGGCCAAGCCGUUCCUGAGCGCGCCGGCCAGCGAGGCGGCCAGCGAGGCCUCCGCCUCCGAGCAGCGGGCCGGCGAGGAGCAGCGGCCCGGCGAGGAGCAGCGGUCCGGCGAGGAGGGCUACACCGUGUGCGACGAGCUCGAGAAGAAGCUCGAGGUUGCUCGCUCCGUGCGCAAGCCCAGCCGCCGCGCCUCGGAGGCGUCCUCGACGGCGGACGCUCCGGCGGCGGGCGGAGGCGAGGCGGCGGCGGAGGAGCCAGCGGCGGACGCCGCGCCGGCCUCCGCCGACGAUACGGGCGAUGACGCGGCCGCCGAGGCGGCGCCCGCGAGCGCGUCUGCGCUGCCCGCCGAGGCGCCGGCGGCGGCGGAGGUGGAGGAGGCAGCGGAGGCGGAGGCGGAGGCGGCGGCAGAGGAGGUGGCGGAGGAGGCGGCCUCCGCCGCGGCCAAUCCGUUCGUCACCGCGGAGGAGCCCGCCGCGGAGAGCGAGCCCGCCGAGGCGGCCUCCGCCGAGGCGGCUUCGGCCGCUGUUGUGGCCGCCGCACCAGCGGCGGCCGGGGCGGCGGCGGCGGCGUCGCAGUCCUCGGUCGCUCCGAAGGCGGCAGCAGCCUCCAAGGCAGCGGCGGCGGGCCCGAAGCUCAAGCCCGAGGACCGAUUCGCAAAGGCGCAAAAGAAGAAGGAGGAGGAGGCCGCCGAGCGAAAGGCAAAGCAGGAGGAGGUGCGGAAGCGGCGCGAGAAGCAGGAGGAGGAGCGGCAGCGCGCGCUCGCCGAGAAGAUGCGGCUCAAGGAUGAGAAGGAGGGCGAGGAGCGGCGCGAGGCCAAGAGGAAGGAGCUCGAGGAGAAGAGGAAGGCGGACGCGCGCAAGCAGGCGCAGACGGCGCCCGCGGCCAAGCCCAAGCCGGCGGUCAAGCCAGCGGUGGCGGUCGAGGGCGUGGUUGGGCCCGCCAGCUCCGCCACGGCGGGGCCGACAGCGGCCGGGCCAGCCAAGCCGGCGCUGCCUCCGCUGUCGGCGGGCUGGACAGAGCACAAGACGCCCGAGGGGCGUCCGUACUACUACCACGCGGCGACCAAAAAGUCGACUUGGGAGCGGCCCGGCGCGGCGCGCCCCGGCGCCGACGACGCAGCCAAGCAGUACUCCAUCCCGGAGGACCGCGCCUCGUCCGGAGACGAGUCCGAGUCCGAGGAGGAGGACGCGCCGGCCAAGAAGCAGCUGAUCCCCAACUGGGCGCAGUCGUCGCAGCUCCAGCCGGCGCUCAUCGAGCAGUACACGAUGGACCCCGACAACGUCUUCGAGACGGCGCUGCACGAGCAGACCACCGUCGUCGACCUCGGCUCCAUCUUCGGCCGCUCCGACCAGAACCGGCGAGGCCACCGGCGUGCCUCGUCGGGCGACUGGAGCCGCGACCAACUGCUGCAGGAGGAGGUGGCGCAGUACAAAAAGGCGCGCGGGCUGCAGGGCUGA